CUUGGAUCUAACGGUGCAGGAUUUCAUCGUCAUUUAGCCCGGUUCUCCAUCUUCUCGUCCUCCUUCACCGUCCCCGCAUUGCUUUCGUCUUAUUAUCCACACCACCAGCCUGAAGCGCGUACGGCGAUAAACAAUCAAUCAGCUGGAUUGAUAAUACUAGGUUAUUGUGCUCGUUGCGGCUGAUACCAAUCAUCUAUCUGGUCAUAAACCUUUCGCGUUCAAAUCAAUAUCUCUUGCUGGCGCAUGGUGCAUUCUCCGGAGUGGGGGAUCUAUUAGAUCUCCUUCGGUAAUCGAUUCCGACAUUCCUGCGUCAUAAGAUCGCCGUUCGAGAGAAUACAUUGGCGUACUGCCGGAAGAUACAGAACCGCUUGGAAAUCAUGCCGGACAACUCGGUCCUCUCGGCUCCCGGGAGCAGCACGUAUGCCUCAGAUACUCUACAUGUCGGGGACGGGACAUGGGACGCAGGCCGCGACACAUUCCUCCUGCCGAACUUGAUGGGGAUCAAUUUUGACACAAUGCGGUACAAUGGCAUGGGAAACCGAUUCAAGGAUAUGCCCGAGUACCAUACCCUGAUAGUUGUACAUGGUGUGAUUGGGACAAUCGUGUUCCUGGGCCUUGUUCCGAUAUCCAUCCUGAUCAUUCGUUACUACUCUCGAUGGAAUCCGUUCGUGGCUUUCAAGUUGCACGCCUGGUUCCAAGUCUUGACCCUACUGCUGAGCACGGUGGUGUUCGUCCUCGGAUGGUUUGCAGUCGGACCGGAAAGAAGCCUAACAAACCCACACCAUGGAAUUGGACUAGCGAUAUACGUGAUGGUCAUCUUUCAGGUUCUGUGGGGCUGGAUGCUCCAUAAAAUAGAAAGCAAACGUCAAAGAUUCCGUGUGCCAUUGAAGUUAGUGAUUCACCGAUGGCUCGGCCGCGCCCUAGCCAUCCUAGGACUGAUUCAGAUUCCCUUGGGACUCACCCUUUACGGCUCGCCUAAGGUGCUGUUCAUACUAUAUUCAAUCGCCGCCUGUGCUCUUUUGAUUACGUUCUUCGUCCUGUCGUACCUGUAUGAUGAUGAGGGAUACCCUGUGGGACCUGAUUAUGAUACUCGGCAUAGCUAUGUCUCCGGACCUCCUCCUGUUCCUGGUCCUAGCGGCCAACGCCAGAGUAGCUUUGGCCGAAUGGCUGCCGCGGGAGCCGCAGGAGCUGGCCUGGCUUCACUGUUCAAGCGCCGCUCACGGAGCAGGGGACGAGAAGGUUACGAGGAUUCUCAGACGUCAUAUAUGACGGAAAAGUACUCGGAUGAAGGGCAACCGCGCAAAGGCUGGGGCGAUAAACUGCUCAAACUAGGUGCCGUGGGCGGUGGUGCCUUUCUUGCGAAAAAGUUCUUUGACAGGAGGAAAAGUCGAGAGGGCGACGCGGAAUCCGGACGGUAUCGACCUGCCCAUCGCCGAAGUGACAGCAUGACUGAGGAGACCUUCAGCAGGAUAGAAGAUGGACGGCGACCCGAACCGACUCACAGAACUCCACUUAAUCGCCCACCAAGCCGACCACCGAGUCGACCUCAAAGUCCCGGGUCCUCAUACUACUACAAUACAACGUAUUUUUCUGACAACGACCACGACCGACCUCACCGAGCUCGAAAUGCUUUAUUUGGUGCCGGUGCCUUUGCGGCUCUUAAAAAUCUGUUUACCCGUCGUAAAGCAAAUGACGAUGAUCGUCGGGUGGAAGACAUGCGUCGUCGAGAAAUGGAAGAGGAACGGCUUGCACGAGCGGACAGCAAACGACGGUACACUGGAGAUGGUUACUACCCGCGCCGAAGAGCCGACUCCUUCACUGCGACAGACAUCUCAUCAACUGACAUGACACGCCCACCCCGGGGGCCGUCCCAUGGAGAAUCCGCUUUAACCGGGGACCCUGCCAUGUCCGGAGCAAUCGAUGGGCAUCAUUCAGAGUUACCAGGAGCGCCCACAGCGUCGGAAAUUCCGGGUCAAGCUCCCUCACGACUUGGUCCUUCUGAUAUUGCAGCUGGAGCGGCCGCUGGCAGUGCCCUGGGUGCCGCCUCCGGUCAUCACCGCCGUAGCGGCAGCAGACGCAGAGAAGAUCAUACCGACUCCCCUCCGGUAUCAGUGAAAGUAAAAAUGCACAACGACGGCCGGCAUGUCACACUCAGGCGGUUAACUGAGGAAGAAGCCGCCGCUAGCCGCGAAGCAAGGCGCAGGGAAAGAAGAAACUCGAGACGUCGCGCUGGAAGUGCCAGCUCUCUGUCUGGCAACGAAGGAAGCUACGAUCGAUGGCGGCGUGUUGAGCAACUAGAACGCCAACAGCAGGAACAGAUGCAACGCGAGCAAGAAGCAGCCGCAGCCGCAGCCGCAGCCGGAAUGUCCACCGCUCCAUCUGGAAGCAUACCUGCUCCAUCGUUCGCACCUCCCCCGAACAUGAGCCAUAUGGCACCUCCUCCCCCGCCACACGUCCCCUCCAGUUUACCAUACGGCCCCGGAAGCGUUACCUCCCCGGGCACAUUUACCGGAACGGAAGCAAGCGGCGACUACGCCAGCAACCGGAGACGAAGACGAGCAGAACGAGCCCGAGCACGCCAAGAAAGGCAACACAGCGUAGAAUUCACUUAAUGUCUUCGUCAUCUACGCGGACAUCUCCUUGAAUCUCUUCUUCACCUGUACAGAUGUUGUUGAUUUCUGUGUGCUAUAUUUCGCCCCCCAUUUGUGUACCGUGUUUACCCCCUUUUUUUUUUUUUUUUU